AUGGAGAAAAAAAUUAAAGAAAAUAAUUCAGAAAUAGUGAAAACUAAUUUUGAGGAUGUUUCAAGUGACAAGAAAUUAGGUGGCCUCAGAACCAUGCCUUUUAUUAUUGCAAAUGAGGCAUUGGAGAAAGUUGCAAGUGUAGGAUUAAUUUCAAAUAUGAUUUUAUAUUUGAAAAAUGAGUAUCAUAUCACUAAUGCUAGUGGUGCAACUAUUCUAUUUUGGUGGAAUGCCAUGUCAAAUUUCACACCAAUAUUUGGAGCUUUUCUUGCUGAUUCUUACUUGGGAAGAUUUUAUGUCAUUGCUUUAGGGACAUUCAUCACCCUAAUUGUGAGUAUAUAUAUGUAUAUAUACAUCCAAAUUGGAAUGGUGGUACUUUGGUUAACAGCUACACUUAAAGAAGCAAGGCCACAUGGUUGCAAAUUAGAAUUAGGAAAUUGUCUUCAACCAACCAUUGCUCAAUAUGCAUUUCUAUUUUCAUCAUUUGUAUUGAUGUCUAUUGGAGCUGGUGGAAUUAGGCCAUGUUCAUUAGCAUUUGGUGCUGAUCAAUUUGACAACCCUAAAAAUCCCAACAAUGGAAGGAUCUUGCAAAGUUUCUUCAAUUGGUAUUAUGCAGCAGUAGGAAUAUCAGUGUUAAUUUCAGUCACAAUCAUUGUGUAUAUUCAAACACAAUUUGGUUGGGUUGUGGGAUUUGGAGUACCAGCAGGACUAAUGUUUUUGGCAACAAUAUUUUUCCUUUUAGGUUCAACAAUUUUUAUUAAAUUAAAAGCAAAUAAAAGUUUGUUUACUAAUUUUGUUCAAGUUAUUGUUGUGUCAUGGAAAAAUAAACAUCUUGCAUUGCCUCCUAUGAGUUCUAAUGAAUGGUAUCAUCAUGAUGAGAAAGGUUCAAGAACUAUUUUUCCAUCCAAUAAACUAAGGUUCCUAAACAAGGCAUGUAUCAUUAGAAAUCCAAAUAAUGAAACAUCUACAACAAAUCCAUGGAAUCUUUGUACAAUUCAACAAGUUGAAGAGUUCAAAGCAUUGCUCAAAGUACUUCCAAUUUGGUCCACAGGCAUUAUGAUAGCAGUAACACUUAGUCAACAUGCAUUUCCAGUAUUACAAGCAAAUACAAUGGAUAGACAUGUAUCAAAAGGUAGUAAUUUUCAAAUCCCAGCAAGUUCCUAUAGUGCAUUUGGGAUUCUCACAUUAACAACAUGGCUAGUUUUCUAUGAUCGAGUCCUCGUGCCCUGGAUCUCCAGGUUCACGAGGAAACCAAGAGGUCUCAGCUUCAAACAACGUAUGGGAAUAGGUUUGUUGCUUUCCUGUGCGGCCCAGGUUGUGGCCGCACUGGUGGAAAGAGAGAGACGUUCGCGAGCCCUAGACCAGGGGCUCGCGAACCAUCCAGUCUCACAAGUGGACAUGUCAGCAAUGUGGCUAGUUCCACAACAUUGUUUGACAGGACUAGCUGAGGCGUUCAACGCGAUUGGACAAAUAGAAUUUUAUUAUUCACAAUUUCCUAAGAGUAUGGCUAGUGUUGGAGUGGCAUUGUUUUCAUUAGGAAUGGGAUUUGGGAAUUUGGUUGGAAGUUUAAUUGUGGAAAUUGUUGAUCAUGUUACAAGUAGAGGAGGGAAAGUUAGUUGGGUGUCAAAUAAUUUGAAUUUAGGUCAUUAUGAUUAUUAUUAUUGGGUACUUUGUUUAUUAAGUGUUGGGAAUUUUUUCUAUUUUAUUGUGUGUGCUUGGGCUUAUGGAUCUGAUGAAGAUAAAAGAAUUUGGGAGGAAGAUCAAGUUGAAAAAAAAGGAGAGAUUGUUAUGUUAUAGUUUUUUUUUUAAUUAAAAUGAAAGUAUAAUUUAUCAGGUAAACAGUAAAUCUGUUCGGCUAUUUAGAUAAUGAACAUGUUUUACCCUUUCUAUGUGUUUUUCCUAUUCUUUUUAUGUCUUUUAGAAACUUAUGUUUAAUUUUGAAUUGGAAAACGAUUAACUUUAUGCUUUUUUUACUUUAAUAUUUAUGAAAAGUUGUUAUUGUCACGUAAAUAUUAUGAUAUAUUUAAAAUUACAAAUUUUAUCUGUCUUAUAGAGUUAUAGUUAUUAAAUAUCAUGAUAUGUUUAAGACUAUAAAAUCUAAAAGUCUUUGUUACAUUAUUAAAUUAUGCGUGAGUCAAACUACAGUCACAUUAAUUGAGCAGAAAGAGUAUUUUAAUAUUUAUUAAAAUUUGGCAAAACACCACUAACAACAACAAACAUAUUCAUCUAAUCUCACAAGUAACGUCUCUAAAGAUAACGUAUACACAAUAUUUCCUAAUACGCAAUUUUCGAUAAAUCAUCUGCUUAAGUAAAAUAAAAUUUGGUAACUAAACAAC